AUGAUCGCAUUCGGCCAUUCCUCGGUCCUCCGCUCACCCAAAUUCGAGCAACAGAGAGCUAACACGAUACGGUGCCCGUGUUUGGAUCAGAAAGAGGCGCAAGACUACGAAAUGCGCCGCGCGUCGAACACUUACGACCCACGUGUCGAUAUUCGGAACUAUCCUGUGAGUCCCGAGAAGUACUUUUAUCUCCUAAGGAAGGAAGGCAAAUUAGAAUCUUCUGAAACUUUUGAUCUUGAUCUUGACUCAUUCGAGUACAACAGUCGGACGACCAACAAAGUCACCCGGGAGCAGCUUUUCAACGCGAUCGACGCCUACAAGGGCAAAGAUGCCGACGUCAAAGUUGCAGUGAAGGAGAUCCAGCUCAUCCUUGGCGAAAAUCCCGACCUGAUCUACGAGGUGGACGAUGACGGUGACAACGCGCUGAUCCACGCGUGUAAGCGGCAAAUCCACCCGCGAUACCGCAACUUCUGGAUUCGAAAAGGGCCCGACAUCGAGGUCGUCAACGCACUACUGCACUACGGCGCCGAUCCCAAUGCUCGAAAUCAAGAAGGAAAAACAGCGCUGCAUUACGCCUGUAUGUUUGAACCGCGAAGCUCCAAAGUUCGUGAUAUGUACGAAACAAUCACAAAAAUCAACGAAGAGGAAAAGCGUCUUCUCACCCGAGUCGUCCGAAAACUCAUCAAAGCCGGUGGUGAUCUUAGACUGCACGAUAAAGAUAACAAGCUGCCAUUUGAUUACGCAAAGGAAAUCCAUCAAACACGAUUCCGAAACGAGAUGGUCAAGUUCCUCAGCUUCCAAAAGGAAGAGUUUAUCCGCGACAUUGAUAUGCAUGUAGAUCCAACUCGGUUGAAUCGGGUGAUUCCUGGCUUGAAGAAAAAGAAUGCUAGAAAGACUUUGAUGGGAAAGCCAAGUUUCAUCCUUGACCAGCCGAAGCUCAAGUUCACCGGUUUCGGAGUUGUGCUCGAGAAGACCGGAGGCAAGAUGGGCGGCUUUGGCGAGGCGUGCUCCAUCCCGUACAUUCACGACUCGACCCUGUUUGACCAGAAGAGCGAGCAGAAGAUCCGCAUUCGCCACUUGAGCCUCAUCAUGUCGCGACGUGUUUGGCGCGGGACACCUGUCACCUAUCUUUCCCGCGAAGAGGAUCUUCCCGACGAAAAGGGCGACCUGAAGAGUUUCGAACGUUCAGACAAGUACGAUCAUCUCAAUGCUGAGAUCAUGAAGAACUCGACCAUUCGUCACCCGAAUUUGCUUUUGAUGAUGGCGCUCGUCCACGAUCAAUCUUCGGCCCUCAUCAAGGGAAUCGUUUACGAACGAGUUGAGCUUGGCACAAUGAAACACUUGAUGAAAAUCGGACAGGAGAUCGAGCCCUUCGAGUGGGUGCCGUUGAUGACUCAAAUUGCCGACGCCGUUCAAUUCCUCCAUGAGUCCAAUAUCAUCCACCAAGCGAUCAUUCCUGAAGCUAUCAUGAUCAUGUCGUCAAAAGUCGCGAAGCUCGGAGCUCUUUGUUUCUCCCGCCCCGCGAAUGACAAGUCUUUCAAUUACGAAAGUACCCGGAUCCCCGAACGUCUCCAUCGAUACAUCGCCCCUGAAGUCCUCCGAAAUGACCUUCCAACAAGAGGAGUCGACGCGUUCUCUCUUUGCGCUGUUCUUUUCGAGCUCAUGACCGGUUAUGCUCCCUGGGCUUCCACUAAGAAUGCAAAAGAUCGCGUUAGUAUCGAAAUCCCUGCCGAGGCUCCGCCGACCGAUCUCCAUACAACUGUCCGAAUCGGCCUCUCACUCGAGCUGCGGGAACGUAAAACUCGCCUUAUCGACAUCAUUUACGUUCUUGGAAACAUCAAGAUGAUGUACCACCGACUCGAGUGUGAAUCGCGCAACACUGGAUCCUAUACUGGAUCUUACCAGACAAUGAAACGCGCACAAAACUUGACCGAUUCGCCAAACAGCAAAGCCUCCAGAUUCUCCCGAGGUUCGAGAUUUUCUCGACCCUCAAAGUUGAGCUUUACUCGACGAAAAUCUGCAACUCUAGCCGACGUCCGACCAGUGGGAAGUCUCCGAUACUUUGAGGAGGUCUCUAGCAAGCGCCAACCCGAUUAUUUUGUGGACAUGAAUGCAAAUCCGACCCUUGAAGAUCUUGACUACACACAGCCGUUCCAUCUUCAGUACGACACGCAUACUGUCUCCGCCCCUCCAACCUCCCGAUCGAAGCAAUCGUCUAUUCGAAUGGAGCAGUACCUCACCGAACAGCUUCAACACGUCUCCUUCAAUAAAGAAGACAUCAGUGAAAAUGCGCCAACACCCGAGCGCCGACAAAACACUACUCCUGCGCGCGGAAACAUCUUUGCUGAUCUCCAGAAGGAAAUUGACACGGCCCAGAAUGAGCCUUCCGAAGGCUACGACUUGAAUGGACUUCGCACUCAACUUGAAGAUGCGAAGCGGCAGAUCGAGGAACAAGAGGCGCAGAUCAAAUCGAUGGAGGAGACACAAGACCUCUACGUCACUGCCCGCGAAGAUCUCGACGUAACCCCCGAAUGGUCAACGAGCCACCCAUUUGUCCGCCACGAAAGUCGACCAGUGCCAUGCGCGUUCGACACCACUCCGACUCGAAAGGAGGAAGCUAAGAAGGCAAGAGAAGCAAAGGAAGAGGCGAUGUUCAAAGUCCCAGAAGUGCCACAGGUGGACGCCAAUUCAUUGAAGAAAUCAGCUUCCAGCACCUCCAACGCGUCCUCCAAAGGAUCCUUUAGCGCUGGUCUUAUCAACCACUUCGAGCGAAUUUCGGCCAUUGCUUUGUCCAAGUCAGAGACCUCACUGCCCACACCACGAAUUAAAGAGACAGAGCCACGAGAAGCCAAAUCAUCAAUCUGCCAUAACUACAUUGAUGCGAGCAUUGAGGAAAAGAUCGAGAUCUUGGCAGCGCCGUCUACAUCUGCUACCGACACUGCCAAAUUGAUUUUGAAUGACACCUUCAACAAGGCAGUCCCAGCAAGCUGCUUGGAAGAAGCUAUCGACGACAACAGUUUCGAUAGUGAAGUUCUGCUGUCCGGUUCGGACGUUUCCCGAGCUCGCAGCUAUACCGCGAGUAUCAGUAGCAUUGCCAGCUCGCCCUCUGAGACCUUGCCACGAGCAGAAGAGUCAACUUUUGAGCCCCCGACUGAUCAAACUCUUGAAUGGCAGUACGACGACUUUGUCGCCGAAAAACUCUAUGGGCUCGAUCUCAAUGGAAAGAAAGUCUUCGGAAAGGGCGAACAUCACGUCCCCGUGACCGAGUACAUCGACGACGUCGAUAGCGAAGAAGCUGUAGUCGUCAACCGCGAAGAGAUCGAUUACAUGGAACCCAAACUCGUCGAAGCAAAGUCAAAGAUGCGUGAUGCAAACGAAAUCCCUCGCAUCUCAGUUCAGACCGCCACUCCACCAUUUCCCACUCUCCGAAAGACCUCCGGCAUGGAUGUGCGCCAGCUGCCAAAGCCCAACUUGGGCUUGAGCGAUCUUCAAGAGGAGAGCCUCAACGUCACCCAAGACCUAGGAAAAGUGCCGCAGACACCAUCACGACUUUCCUUUCCGCAAAAACUUGCCAAGUUUCGAAAUGCGGAAGCAUCAACAAGCAGCGAAAAGUGCAUCUUCACUGCUCCACGAAGCAAGGGAGACGUUACUGAUAGCGACAAACCAACUCCGCUGUCCGUAGUGACCUCUACUCCAUCCGUGGAUCGAUUCGGCAAGACAGCACAGCUGGAGGAGUUUGAUUUGAACGACUCUUUCGAAAUCGAAGGAGAUACAGCUCUUAGCUUGAAAGAAGACCAAUUAAAUGACGAAUCCGAUUCGGGAGAAGCUUCCGAGAUCUCCUUCGUCGCGAAGCGCUUGUCCAGUCCUCUCCGAGAGGCAGAGGAGAUCAAGCAGAUGAUCAGCGAUUCGCAGACAUCGUUACUCGCCGCAGAGCAAAAGCAAAGAGCCGCAGAAGGCAUUGAAGGGCGACGGGCUAUCCUUUCUCGUUGCAAGCAGCAUGAAACCUUCUCCAAGUCAGUCGAUUACGAAGGUUUUGCUGGACUUGAAUCCGAAGAAGAUGGAAACAUGAACGAGACGAUGACCAUUUCCAAAGGAGGAAACAAAUAUUAA